AAAUGAAAAAAGAUGUUUUAUUGAAUACUACUAUUAUUCUAUAAAUCGAUCAACUGCCAUAAACAAUACUACUAUAAAUAGAUCAACUGCCAUAAACAAUACAAGAACCAAGCUAGCCAAGUUGUGGAGAUAGAGAAAAAUGCCAUCUUCAAAAUUAUUUGAUGGGCAAGAAUUAUCCCAAGAAUGCCAAGAUUUCAUCUCCACUGUACCCAAGGAGGAAUCAAUCACACUGCAGCCUCUGUACCAAUACCAAGGUUUCUGGCACAAUGACAAAUGCCUUCUCGCUUUGAUCUCGGCUCAAAAACAUUUCCAGGCUCAAGAUUCCGACGUCUUUGUUGUUUCCAAUCCGAAAUGCGGCACCACAUGGCUCAAAUCACUCACUUUCGCCUUACUAUACCGUAAACAACACCCCGUCACAGCCCAAAACCACCCUCUUCUCAGCAGCAAUGCUCAUGAUCUUGUACCCUACAUAGACAUGAACCUCUUCAUCGAUAACAAAAUCCCAGACAUGGAAUCCUUUCCCUCCCCGCGCCUCUUAGCCACUCACAUGCCUUACGUUUCCCUCCCCGACUCCAUCAAGAAAAACUCCAAAUGCAAGCUUGUCUACGUCUCCAGGGAUCCCAAGGACGCUUUCGUCUCCCUUUGGCACCACGGCUGUAAGGCAGGGCUUCACGACCCGAAGAGCUCCAUGGAAGAGGCGUUUGAGGAUUACUGCAACGGAAUCUCCUUUUACGGACCAGUUUGGGAUCAUGUUCUACAAUAUUGGAACCAGAGCUUGUUGAAUCCACAGACAACUUUGUUCCUCAAGUACGAGGAUAUGAAGGUGCACCCAGCCCUUCAUCUGCGCCGCCUGGCUGACUUCUUAGGCUGCCCCUUCUCCGCGGAGGAAGAGGAGUCUGGGGUGGUGGAUCAGAUCUUGAAUCUCUGCAGCUUUGACCAUCUCACCGGGCUUCAAGUUAACAAGACUGGGGUAUCCAAAUGGGGGGUUGAUAAUAAUGUCUUUUUUCGGAGGGGUCAAGUUGGAGAUGCCAAGAAUUAUUUGUCUGAGGAGAUGAUUAACAAAAUCGAUGGAAUCACCCGAGAUAGGUUUUCUGGAUCAGGGUUGCUAUAUUAG